AUGUUCGGAGACGAUGCGCCUCCACCGGAAGCGCAGAGAACGCUGGGCGUUCGGCCAACCGGACCUGCUUUCCUGCAGCCAGACUAUGCACCCGGAGAUCUCUCGCUCGCGUCCGAUGGACAGGUCAAAGGCGGCACACUCGCGGCUCUCGUUGAGAAGCUCACCAGUCACGAAGGAGUCGAUCAUCAUUUCAAUACGACUUUUCUGCUCACAUACCGAACGUUUACUACCUCUAACGACCUAUUUGACAUGCUCGUACAGCGGUACAUGAUCGAGAUGCCGGCUGGUCUGGCAGCCGAAGAAGCACACAUCUGGACAGAACAGAAGCAAAAGCUCGUCAGAAUUCGCGUACUCAACAUACUGAAGGUCUGGAUCGAGUCAAAUCUUUAUGACGACAACGAGAGUGCAGUCUUGGAUCGAGUCAGCCGCUUUGCGACCGAAGCGGUGACAGACUCCGUGGCAGCAAAGCAGGUCAUAAGAGUCGUCGAGCGCAGACUGCAAAACGGCGUACCGAGCCUCGCAGCACCCCUGACGAGCUAUGGUCCACCGCCGCCGCCUAUCAUAUCGCGAAGCAUACGCAAGCUCAAGUUUCUUGAUAUGGAUCCAACCGAGCUCGCUCGCCAACUGACGUUAUACGACAGUCGGCUAUUCUCUGCCAUCCGUCCGCCCGAGUGUCUAGCGAAAGCAUGGCCAAAGAAGGUUCAGACAGACUCGCCUAACAUUCGUGCAAUGAUCGAUCUCAGCAACGCCAUCACACGCUGGGUCGGCUGUACCAUACUUGAGUAUCAAGAUCCAAAGAAACGAGUUGGAGUCGUCAAGCAUUUUGUGAACAUCGCCGAGCGUUGCCGGCAGCUUCAGAACUUCUCCACUGUCAUGCACAUCAUCGCCGGUCUCAAUUCGACACCGAUCUAUCGGUUGAAGCGCACAUGGGAGAUCGUACCUCAAAAGACAGUCAACACCCUCGCAGCACUCAACGAGCUGAUGAAGCCCAACAAGAACUUUGGCGAUUAUCGUGACGCUGUGCGAACGAUUGGCCCACCCUGCGUACCUUUCUUGGGCGUGUAUCUCACUGAUUGGACAUUCAUCGGCGAUGGCAACCCGGAUUUCCUACGAGAGAAGCCAGACCAGAUCAACUUUGCAAAGCGACAAAAAGCUGGAGAGCUCAUCCAGCAAGUACAGCUACACCAAUCGACACCCUACAACCUACAAGAAGUGCCGUCAUUCCUCAAAUACCUUGAGGAGCAAUUCAACCUGGCAGAUCGCGAUGAGCAAGAACUUUACGAGCUCAGCAUGGCACUGGAGCCGCGAGAGCGCGAUGACGAAAGGGUAGCAAGGAUGCUCAACGAAUCAGGCGAGCGCCAUUCUCAUGUGCUGCGUUAG